GAAAAGCGAGAUACGGCGGGCUCGGGGGAGGGGGUUUGACAAAGUGUUCUUUAGCGGAAAGGAAAAAGCUAGGAUUUGUAUGUAGUUUUCGGCCGCUGAAGAACAUUAUUUAGCGCGGUGCAGAUGUCAUGGCGUCAGACUGGUUGGGAAGUCUGGUGUCUAUCAACUGUGGGGCCACACUGGGUGUGUAUCAAGGACAGGUGUCUGCUGUGGAUCAGGCCAGCCAGACGAUCUCACUCAAGCAACCUUUCCACAAUGGCAUCAAGUGUCCUGUCCCUGAGGUCACUUUCAGUGCCAGGGACAUCAAAGAACUAAAGAUUCUGGAGAUCCGAAGUGGUAGCCAGGGGAGCAGUCAUGGCCAGGCGACUGUGGUGGACUCGGCUCCUGUGUCCUCUGGGAGCCGUGGUCGGAGUGGAGGCAGUGGGAACCCUGUCAGCAGUGCUCCAAUGCCCGUGCUACGCAAAGGGUCUUCAAGUUGCCGGACCACAAACCAGACCACACCCAAAAAGAACAGUGUCAAGAAUGCACAAGGAGGCGGGACAUCCAAGAAUAAGGAUAACGAGUGCUUUGGGGAUGGCAUGGAUGAAAGCCUAGAUACAGAUUUUGAUUUUGAAGGCAACCUGGCCCUAUUCGACAAGGCUGCUGUCUACUCCCAGAUUGAUAUAUCGGAGCGUCGUAGCAAUGGGGCACGGUCCCGUGGCACGCCUGGUGAGCGCACCCCUUCCUGCUACCGACAUGACGAGAACAUUCUGGAGGGCAAACCCGUUGUCUACCGGCAAAUCACUGUCCCACAGCCAGGGGGGACAGAGUACUGCACUGAUUCAGGGUUGGUGGUGCCCAGCGUGACUUAUGAAUUGCACAAACGCCUCCUCUUGGCAGCAGAGCGUAACGGCCUCACUCUGGAGCGCCGGCUGGAGAUGACAGGGGUGUGUGCUAGUCAGAUGGCACUGACACUGCUGGGUGGACCCAACAGGUUGACUCCCAAGAAUGUGCACCAGCGACCUACUGUGGCAGUGCUAUGUGGCCCACAUGUGCAGGGAGCCCAGGGCAUCAGUUGCGGCCGACAUCUGGCCAACCAUGAGGUUGAAGUGGUCCUGUUCCUGCCCAACUUUGUCAAGAUGCUGGAGUCAAUAACUGGAGAGCUCUCGUUAUUCAGCAAGGCUGGUGGCAAGCAGGUGUCCAGCGUGAAAGACCUGCCGGAGAGCCCUGUGGAUCUGGUGAUCAAUUGCCUAGACUGUCAUGAAAACGCCUUCCUACGGGACCAGCCAUGGUACCGGGCAGCAGCAGACUGGGCCAACCAGAAUAGGGCACCUGUGCUCAGUAUCGACCCACCUGUUAAUGGACAGGAUCAAGCAGUAGAAGCCAAGUGGUCUCUGUGUUUGGGGCUGCCCCUGUCACUGGCUGAGGGGGCGGGUCGAGUGUAUUUGUGUGACAUUGGUCUGCCUCAGCACAUAUUCCAGGAAGUGGGCAUCGAUUAUCACUCACCGUAUGGGUGCAAAUUUGUCAUCCCCCUGCACUCAGCAUAGCAGGACCCUUGCUUAACUUGGUCAUUGAGUCAUUUCUGGCCUUGCCAGAAAGUUCCCUGUUGCUAUAAAGGUACAAGUGUUUAGGUGGAGGCCAUGGGUGUGAAAUUUGCUGUUUACAGAACCCUGUAUCUGGUUGGGUUUGCAGUAGCUGAGCUGAACUACUUUGACUAAUUUUCCUGCAAGAACUCACAAAUGCUGCAUUGUGGCUGGGGAAGAAGUUUUUUUUAUUUUUAUUUUAUUUUUUUUUUUUGUGUGUGUGGUUAUUCUAAUAAGAAUGUUUGCCUGUUACACUCAACACCCAGACAUGGCCAGUGUACUGUUAAUAUCAUUAACACUGUUAAUAUUUUGCACUUAAGUAUAAUUUGUGUGCAUCUCUGGGUACAAGUAGCAUAUUUGAUUGACCGGGGCUUCCUCAUCCACUCCAUGCAGCCUUUAUUUUGGGAGGGAGCUUUUAUCAUCGUUCUAGAGUUGGCAAAACAAUUCUUGGCUUCUGUUGAAGUCUUUUUGUAUGUGGGGUUUUUUUUUUCCUCCUCCCUACCUGAAAAUGAGCCGGACCUUGUGGCCAACCAUGAGAGAGGGUCUACUGAAGAAAAGGCUGGCCCUUUUGACCAUUUAAAUGAAAGCCUUUACUAGCUGGUGUGCUGCUUGUUUACUAAAGGUUGCAUAAAAACAAACUGAAAUGGAGAGCCACAUUUCAAUGUUUACUGGGGGAAAAGAGCACUCAAUUUGUGUGUUCCUUUGAACACAGAUCAGUGUUCAGUUUCUUUCAACUUUUUUUCUAGAAACCAAAUCAGUCUGUUUCAUCUACUAUAUAUACUGUAUGAUCAUACCUUAAGGAACAAAUUUUUCCCUCAUUUUGGUAAAAGGGAGAAAGUGGUCUUUUACUACAGGUUUGCUUGUGUUCAUUCUGUUUGACAGUGUACUCUCUGGUUUAAAUCUAAGCUGAGGCCAGAGGCAGAGCAGAAUUGUUCUGACUUAUGGCAAACUCACUGCCUCCCUUUUUCACCCAUUGAACUUGCUCUCUGAAAUAUUGAAGAGGGUGUUUCUUUUGGUCUCUGUGGAGAUCAUGAAUCAGAUUUUGGUCAAAUAAGACCUUAGAGCAUCAUUGUUCUCGAUUUGCUAGGAGUUUAUCCUAAGCGGCAGGUUCAUAGCUGAUCAAAUGAUGCCAUCAAACAUUGAAUUUCACUCUCUUCCACACUGCUGAGGACUAUGCUUCUUAUAGUCUUGAUGUUACUUUAUGGUUAAAUUUUCCCUGAAUCCUGGAUUUUUGACCUGAGGAAAAAUAGAAGUGUAGAAUGGCUGUGUGCAACAUAUCAGAAGUUGCUUGGUAGCACUAGAUAUGAACCCCCUCUUUUUUUUUGGUUUUGCUGAUUAGUGAUUGCACAAAGGGUUGUAAGCGGAGUACUGAGACAAUUCAUAUGAAAGAUUCUCUCCUUUUUUAAAACUGAGUCAUUGCUGCAUGAUCUUGAUGUUCUCUGAUACAGUUCAGCAUUUUUGUCAUUAGUUGUAGCUUCAUUUUUGUCUCUGGAGAUGGUGUUUUUUUUUAAUCCUUGAAGCACAGGAAUGUCUUCUCAGGGAGGUCCACUUUGUGGCCCUGACUUUCUUGCUCUCUCAAUCCAAGCAAAAGAGAUCAGUCAUUAAAAUCAAACAAUUUUUAUUAAAACUCUGUUUUGAAUUUUUGCUUACCUUUGAACAAUAUGCACAUUUCCGCCUCCGCUGUAUUUCCAUGUGUAAAUUUUUUUUUUUUUGGGUUUAUGCAUGCUGCUGACUCUUUUAUAUGCAUGAGUAAAAUCAAGUCCAUAGGCUAGAUGAACUGGUAUGAUUUUACUUCUGCUGUUAAAUAGGUCUUCCUUCACCAGCCGUUCUUUACUCUGACAUCAAUCUCAGGAAGUGAUUAACAAGAGGAAGUGACAAAUGAAGUUUCAACCAGAGGUAUACAUGGGGCCUUGUGCUUUUAACUGGGUUUCAACCUGAGUCUACCAUGGCCUACAGAUGUCUUGCAUGGAAGCUAUUUUCACACUGAAGGCCCCGCUCGUUGUAUGGAGUCUUCGUUUUCCCAUGGUU